CAGUACAAAAGAAGAGGAAAACAUCAGUAGUGCUCCCCAUUUCUUGACACCAGAGCUGGAAAUUCCCAUUUUCAGAAAUAAAACUUUGGUGCAGAGGUGUGUGGAUGACAAUAAGAAGGCUGCCUGGCUUUUGAGGAUAAGACAAGAAGAAGACGGGCAAAUUCCAGCCCUUCAAGAAGUUGUUUGGCAGAAGAAAAAAGAAAGACGCUCCCUUGUCCCGGGAGGUUUCUGUGGCAAAACAGAAUCACGCUUUCCCGAAUGCCUGUAAUGGUGCCUUCUCUUCAGAUGAGGAGACCCUUGAUGAGUCUCUAAGGUCCUUCAACUAUACUAUGGGAACCCGGGCGUUUUCCCAUGACAGUAUUUUUAUCCCUGAUGGGGGAGCAGAAAGUGAGCAGACAGUUCAAGCAGUAUCACAGGACAACAUUCUGGGCAAAGUCAAAACUCCUCAGCCACAGUUGGGCAAGAACAUCAAGUUUGGUCAGUCCCCACCACCCACAGCCCUUCCUAUGAAGAGGACAGAUACUCCCAGUCCAGAGACUAGCUUAGAAGAGGAUCUUUUCCUGAGUAGUCCCAUGGAAAUUGUGACCCACCAGGAUUUAGUGCUCUCCGAUAGUGAAAAUAAAUCCAGUGAUACUCCAACUUCCUUAAGCCCUUUGAAUUUACCUGGAACGGGGAGUGAAAUGGAGGAGAAGGUUGCUCCAGUUAAAUCAUCUCGGCCAAAGCGACAUUUCUCCUCUGCUGGCACCAUCGAAAGCGUUAAUCUGGAUGCCAUUCCUCGGGCCAUUGCUCGCCUGGACAACAGUGCAGCCAAGCACAAACUGGCUGUGAAGCCAAAGAACCAAAGGGUGUCCAGGAAUCACAGGAGAUUGUCCAAAGACAGACAAAAUGAACAAGAAAGCUUUGAGAGUCAACUGUCCCUAGAUCAGAAUGGACACUCUGGAGAAGAAAAACAAGCUUGGCAUGAAGAAGAAUUCAAAGCACUUGAUUCGGAAGAAGAGAAAAGACAGCAAGAGGAAUAUUGGAGACAUCUUGAGGCUGAAUAUAGGAGACAGAAGGCAGAGAAGAAACGACUAGAAGAGCAAAGGCUUCAGGAAGAAGAGAGGAGGCUUUGGGAAGAGAAUCAAAAACCAUUUCUGGAAGAAGAGGAGGAGGAAGAGGAAGAGAAACAACAACAUCUGGAAGGGCAAAGGCCACCAGAAAAGGAAAGGCAAAGGCCUGAAGAACAGAAUCGGCAAGAGCUGGAGGAAAACAGACAGAAAGAGGCAAACCAGGAGCUAGAGGAGAAAAAAUUCUUGGAGGUGGAGGAGCCACCAUGUUGGCAGCAGGAGGCAGAGAAGCCUCUGGGGGAGCUCAAAAGACAGGAGGGACUACAAGAGCAGAGGAAGCGAGAGAUUGAGAAACAGCAUCAGGAGGAGGAAGCCAAGCUGCUGGAGGAGCUCAGGAGACGAGAGGAGACAGAUUUGUGGAAAAGGCGAGAGGCUGAGAAGCAAAGGCAGGAGGAGGAAGCCAAGUUACUGCAGGAGCUCCGGAGUCGAGAGGAGACAGAGGAGCAGAAAAGGCGAGAGGCUGAGAGGCAAAGACAAGAGGAAGAAGCCAAGUUACUGCAGGAGCUCUGGAGUUUAGAGGAGACAGAGGAGCGGAAAAGGCGAGAGGCUGAGAAGCAAAGGCAAGAGGAGGAAGAAGCCAAGUUACUGCAGGAGCUCCAGAGUCUAGAGGAGACAGAGGAGCAGAAUAGGCAAGAGGCUGAGAAGCAAAGGCAGGAGGAGGAAGAAGCCAAGUUACUCCAAGAGCUCCGGAGUCAAGAGGAGAUAGAGGAGCAGAGGAAGUCAGAGGGUGAAAAACGAAGAUGGGAAGAUGAAGUGAAGGCCCUAGAAGAGCUCAAAGGACAAGACUUGGGGAUAGGGGAACAGAGCAAACAAGAGCUAGCAAAGCAGCUUCAGAGGGAGGAAGAGCAGCAGCAGCAAUGGAAGGAGGGGAAGCACUCAGAGGCAGUGCAGGAGCAGAGCAUCCUAGGGCUUCAGGGGCAGCCUGAGGCAGGAGAGGGAAGGCACCUGUCUAAAAAGAACCUGGAGGAACAAAAAUGCCCCAAGCAUGAAGGCCACGAAAGAAACCUAAGGGGACUGCAGCUUGUAGAGAAACAAAGCCCCCGGGUGGAGGGGGUGAGGGAGAGGCAGCAAACAGGGGAAAAUGGUCACGGAGGUGCUCCUCUGCUUCAGGAAAAAAGAGAAGGCAUGCAACAGGGACAUCCCCAGAAAGAAAAGAGGCGGCCAGAAGACGAGCUGGCUCAGGUGGAGAAGAAAGAAACCGUUACCAUGAAGAAGGACCAUGUGGGGGAGGAGCUGAGAUGGCAAGAGGUUGAGGAAAGGCAGACUAUGCCCCGACCAUAUACAUUCCAAGUGUCAUCAGGAGGAAAACAAAUCCUAUUUCCCAAAGUCAAUCUGAGUCCGGUGACACUUGGGAAGGAGUCAGGGCUUCCGUCCAUCUCACAAGAGCCCAAGGCCAGUAAGUCCAGUAAGGCAUCCCACCCUCUCCCUUCUUCCCUAAGCAUUCCCCACACGGCGAUUCUGGUCACAGGAGCACAGUUGUGUGGCCCAGCUGUCAACCUGAACCAGAUCAAGGACACAGCUUGCAAGACUUUACUGGGCUUGUCAGAAGAAAAGAAGCAAAUAGAUAUUCCUGCUUUGGAAAACAUGCCAAAAGGCACUCAUGACACCCGGGCAGCCAGUGGGAAGGCCAAGUUUCCUCAGGAGUCUCAAAGCAGUAAGGCUGCCUUAGCUGAGUGGGAAUCUAUUCGUUCUAGAAUCCUAAAGAAUACUGAUAAUGGCCAAGUCAAUGAGAGGGACCAAUUAAGGCACAGUGGUGAGAGUACAUCCAAAGGCAGGUCUGAUUCCCGGGGAAACCUCCGGAAAACCUUAUCAGCAAAUGCAAAAUUCUCCAUCAUGCCUGCUUGGCAGAAAUUCUCCGAUGGUGGCAUUGCAGGCCAAAAGCAGAAUGCUGAACACCUUAGGAAUAAGGCUGGGCUGGGAUCUGGAGAAAAAGCAGAGGUCCAGCCUCCUGCUGGUGGUAAUAAUGGACACCAAAAAAUUCCAGAGAGAACUGGGAUGCAGCAGGAGCCAAGUGACACUGCAGAGGGAUAUAAAUUUGCCAAAGACCUUCCAUCUUUCCUUGUCCCAAGUUCACCUCUUGCUCCACAGAGAGCCCUGGACCAGGCAGACUUGGCAGCUUCCUCUGAAAGUGAGACAAGCAGCAUGGGGAAGGCAGGGGACAUCAUGCCAAGUGGGGAGGAGAGCACAUCACCUUUUGGGAUAAAGCUGAGAAGGACCAAUUACUCCUUGCGUUUUCACUAUGACCAACAAGUGGAACAAUCAAGGAAAAAGAAGAGGCAUAGCACAGGUGACAAUUUUGAUGGGGUAGCAUCUGUACUGAAGAAUAAAGAUGGGGAGAAAGAAACUAUCAUUGUCAAAGGCACCACAUCACCUACCCAAGAGAAAAAGAAUGACCCACUGGGUUUGAAAGACUCUCUAGACAGCCCUGGACGACACCCAGCUCAGCCAGCACCCCCGCUUCCCAGUAACCACAUUCCUUCUCUGGAUCAUGACAAGCCAGGGGCUAAAUCACCACUGCCGCAGAAGCCAGCCCUUGCCCCUAAACCCACCAGUCAGACCCCACCGUCCUCCCCCCUUUCCAAAAUGGGAAGGCCGUUCUUGGCCGAGCUACUCUCUAGGCGGGCAGCAAAACCAGACCAGGAUGCCAGCGAGAAGCUAAAUGAGAGCAAGGACAGUGGUGAUCUUCAGCUACCACCUGUACCCCACACUGAGAAGAGAAAGGAAGAGGAGGAAACAGCAGAGAAGAAAUCCCCUUCUCCAUUUGCCUCUAUCUCCCAGCAAGAGAAACCUGACAAAACCCUCGAACCUGGAAAAAAAGAAAAGCCAGUGCUUCAGAGCUGGCAUUCUCUAGAAGGCUCGAAAUCGAUGGAAAAAACUGAGACUGCCCAGCCACAGUGGGUUACAUUAGCACUGCAAAAGCAAAAAGGAUUCAGGGAGCAGCAGGCCACCAGAGAGGAGAGAAAGCAAGCCAGGGAGGCCAAACAAACAGAAAGGGUAUCUAAAAACAAUGCUGGAGUCAGCCAGCAGCCUGAAAGCAGCAAUAUUAGCAGGACAGGUUCCCUCCAUAAAUCUACUGCUCAGGAAGAUGAGAAGAAAAUUGAGACCGCUGUCUCCAGGCUAGAACGCAGAGAACAACUGAAGAAGUCCAACACUCUUCCUACAUCUGUGACAGUGGACAUCUCAGAUUCUGCUAUGCCUGCAUCGUUGGUGAAAGAAGUCCCAAAGAGAUUCUCCACACCAGAUGCUGCUCCAGUGUCAACAGAACCAGCCUGGCUGGCCUUGGCCAAAAGGAAAGCAAAGGCCUGGAGUGACUGUCCACAGAUUAUUAAGUAGUCACUUGUGCUUAUUCGUAUUGCUUACUGACAACUCCUCCUUUGCCCUUUUUAUUUAUUUUUUUACAUGGGGUGAAGAACUUGAGCAGGAAAAGAAGCAUGUCCUACAGGAUCCAAAAUAACUAUUAGAAACUGAACUGUUGUUUCUUUAUGUAAUUCACUAUUUAAAAAAAGCAUUUGCACAACUGUAGGGCUUAAAGCCCUGAAAGCCUCCCAUUUCUGAAGACAAAACUCUGUCCAUGGGGCCAUAGGUAGAGCUCCAGGCCAAUUACCUCUCCCUAUCUGUCUCCCACUACUCCCCGCCCCCCCUUCCAAUAAUGUGGAUUUUGGCCACUUUUUGAUGUUUAUUUUCUUAGACAACCCUGUAAAACUAAUACAAAACUGCUAGAGCUCGGGAGGGUAUCUAUACUUUUCUAUAAGUGAUGAAAGGGUCAUAUAUACCCAGAAAGGGAUAUCUUUUCCUAAGGUUCCAAAUGUGGAGUGGGCAUCUGGCAGCAACCAGGAGCGGUGUGACUCCAAAGCCUCUUCCUUUACUUCAUAUCUCACAGACUUGAGUUUGGAGAAAACUUCCUAUUCUUAUGCCUGAAUCCUACUUUCAUGAAUUUUCCCACAAAUUCCAAAGUUUUAAGUCCCCUGUAGGGAGGGGGGCCACAGAAGAAGAAUACCUUUAAAAAUUAACCUAAAGCAGCCUUUUAAAUUUGAAGCAUAGAGAAGAAAGGUUGUUCUAAUUAUAUUCAUUCAAAAACGAUCUUGGUCUUGACAACAAUCUUGGGCGAGUCACUUCACUAGGCUCUCAGUAGGCUUCCUUAUCCAUAAAAGAAGAAGAAAGGCAUUGGACUAGAUCUCUUGUUUAAGCCUUAAAUUAAGACCUUAUGCCCCUGACACUUAGGGAAUUCCUGAAGAAAUACAAAUUAAAAUAGGUUUCCUAAGUUAACCAUUCAAAUGAGUCACUCAGUAAGAUAUAAAUUCCAAGAUUUACACCUUGCAACCUUAAAAAAUAAAAAAUCUUAUAGACUUAAGUUCAUCUUACAGGCUUUGGUUUUAGCUUCCAAAUGUGUAAACAAAGAAAGAACUUGGUGGUCUCAAAGUCAGCAAUGUAACGGGUUUUUUUUUAAUUGCUUUUGCAUCUACUGCAUACCAAAAAGGUCAAAAUUUUUCCACAAUUUUUAAUAUAUACCUCCCUAUUCCCUUUACCUACAGAUUCCGAUUCCAAAAGAUACAUUCUGGUUCUUCAGAAACAUGUAACAGGAUUCCCUUCCUAACAAAAACUGUUAAUAGCAUUCAUCAUUACUUUCUUUUAUGCUUAUUCAGUAUGCAGUGUGUGAUCAUUGUACCCUUCAGUCUCAAGUAAAGAUGGAAACAAAGUUAUUUACCAACUAACUAGCAUUCUCCUCUCCUCAGUUGUGACAACUGGUACAUGUCUGGCAAAAUGAAGUGGCUACAUUCUUACAAGCUGGAUUUAUUCUUAUACAAAUGGACCAUCAGGUGGUUAGUCAUUCUAAAGUUUCAUGACAUAAGAAGCAGUUGACAUUUCUCUGCAUGUUCUUAAUCUUGAUGUCCAUGUUUAAAAAUUGUAGAUGAAUGCAUUUGUUGAUUUCAGUGGUUUAACAACUAAUGUGAUGUUUCUUGAUGAAAAAUCUCCAUUUAAGACCCUAGAAUUCUAUAAUUAUACUAAUUCCUACAGUGAAGUGGUGUUCUUUUUCUUCCAAUUUAUCAGCUUUGGAUCACAUAAAAGUCAGAGUUGGUAAGGGAAAGAGGCACAAGUCAUUAUAAAGAAUCAGGAAGUUCAUACUGUUUCAAAAGCUUAGGACUAAAUUGAGAUAUCAAAAAUCACCAAAAUAAAAAGGAUUAUUAAACUACAUGGACCCUAUUUUAAAAAGAAAAAAAAUCUAGUGAACAACUUCCAGAGUCUAGGAAAAUGAGAGUAAAUUAAUGUCAUUCACAGUGCUUGGCUCUGAACAAUUUUAAAGUGUCCACGUUUAACAUCUCCUGUAAAAAUCACUCCAAAUUUGCACUAAAUACCAAUGAAGUGUUACUUUGCUUUACUUUUGUUGUAGUCAUUUUUGACCAACAAUUGGGAAUUAUAUUGUUGUUGUUUUUUAAGUUACUGAUGAAUCUAUUAAGAGUCAGUAAAAAUGUUUAAAAAAUUGAUGACCACUAUGUUGGAAUAUACUGGAGUGUGUGUGUUUUUUUAUACCGUUAGCCAUUUGCAUACUCUUCUUUUGACAAGAUUAUAUAUCAUUAACCUUUGUUCAUAGAAUUAUGUAUAAAAUUAGAAAAUGUGUAUAACUGAGUUUUUGUUUACUUUUUAAAUUUUUCAAGUACAAUUGUUUCUUAAUACAUGUUCAUUAAUUCCUACUAAAUUAUAACCCAGUCAGUUAUCAGCAAACGUACAGUAUGAAUUGUGUCUCUUCUUAGUUUUGCUUAUUUCAAAGCAGAAUUUUUAGAAAGCUACAGGUGCCCAGCAAUGUUUUUACCAAUAAUAAAAUCAAGUCAAGAGAUGAUGAGAAGAUAUAUUACUGUAAUUUUAAUUAUAGACUUUGGUUGUAUAUGGUUUUAAUGUAAAUCGUCCGUUAUGGUUGGGGGGAAAGGGAAGGAGAAGGUCUUUCAAUAAAAAAAAUCUGGUAAGUGCUUCAGUAGCAAGAUGAUCUCAUUUCAAAAUGUAGUUUUUAUGUAGUGUUUUCAUUGACUAUCUGAAAAUGGAAUUUCGUUAAAUCCACUUAUAACAGUUGUCGGACUAGAAAAUUUUGGAAUAUUUUCAUUUUAGGCAAUAUUUCAUUAUAGUUCUCAUUAGUUAUGAAAAAAAAUUUGAAUACUUAGCAGUAACAAGAAAUAUGAUUUGUAUUCCAAAUUGGAAUUCAUUUCACAUGAUCCAGAAACCAAUUCAAGAACUUGGUAAGGUGAACACAAAGGAAAAAAAAAACCUAAUGUGUGUAGCUUUACAGGGUAUUUGUAAUACAGACUAGAUUAUUCACAAUGGUGGAUUCUCAAUCUAGGGAUGGAGGACAGGAAGAAAAUCAGCA